AUGGAUAUACACGAUUUCCAUCACCCUUUCAAGCCGUAUGAGAUUCAACUGCAAUUUAUGCGCGCCUUGUACGAGUCUCUUGAAUAUGGAAAAGUCGCCGUGUUUGAAUCCCCCACUGGUACUGGCAAAUCAUUGAGUUUGAUCUGUGGCGCCCUCACCUGGUUGCGAGAUCACAAACGCAAGGCCUUCCAGGAAUCGUUAGAUCAGGCAUCAGCCGAUGACGAUGAGCCGGAAUGGAUGAUCGAAUUCGCAAAGCGAAACUCCCGCCGUGCCUUAGCCGAGAAAAGACAGGGAUUCGAGGCCCGACUGGCCAAAAUUAAGCAGGAGGAAGAGCGUCUGAAGGCGGGCCAGGACAACUCGGAGCACCCUCGAAAGAAACAGCGAUUGGACAAAUCGUCAUCGCAGUCAGAUGCCAAGGCCGAUGAUGACCAAUUUCUUCUCGAUGACUAUGACAGUGAAACAGAGGAAACGAAGGCACAGAGUGUCUCGGGAGGUGCAGAUGGUUUGUCCGCCAGCACCUUGGCCCUGUUGCAGCGAUUCCAGGGCCAGUACUCUUCCAGAAAACAAAAUGAAGACGACGAAGCUGAAGAAUCUGUCAAGAUCUUCUAUUGCUCGCGGACCCAUUCUCAGCUAAGUCAGUUUGUGGGUGAGCUGGGGCGAGUUACGUUCCCAUCUAGCGUACCCAAUGAUCCUGAUGCAGAAGGUAAAGACGAGCUCGCAAUGCUGCAAGAGCGCACCAAACACCUUUCUUUAGGGUCUAGAAAGAAUUUGUGUAUUAAUGACAAGGUUCGUGCCUUGGAGAACAACACGGCCAUCAACGAGCGUUGUCUGGAUCUACAGCAAUCAGGCGUAGCUGCGGAUAAAAAAUGCUCCUAUCUCCCAUCCAAAGAGGAUGAAUCAUUGCUUCUCCAAUUCCGUGACCAUGCGUUGGCCACGGUAAAGGAUAUUGAGGAUAUCGGUAAAGUCGGAAAGGAACUCGGGAUCUGUCCCUACUACGCAUCCCGUUCAGUCAUCAAGCACAGCGAGAUUGUGACACUCCCGUAUCCACUGCUACUUCAAAAUUCCGCCCGCGAUGCUCUCAAUUUGUCCGUGAAGGGCCAUGUGGUGAUCAUUGAUGAGGCGCACAACCUCAUGGAUGCAAUCGCCGGUAUCCAUUCAGUGACGGUUUCUCUGCAUCAACUGCAUAUUGCCAUCUCACAGUUAACGAUCUACGCACGCAAAUUUAAAAAUCGAUUAAAGGGAAAGAAUCGGAACUACAUCGCUCAGGUUAUCCGGCUAGUUAACUCCAUUGCCAACUACUUGCAAGCCAUUGCUCAGCAGACUGGGUCUCAAGAAGGUCCAAUUCAACCCUCAGACCUGAUGGCCGGCAAAGGAGUUGACCAGAUAAACCCUUACAAACUGUCACGAUAUUUACAAGAGAGUAAGCUGGCCCGAAAAGUGGAUGGCUAUGUCGAGUCUUCGCAAACACAGCAACAAGGACAAAUCAAAGAAAAGAUGAAGGCUAAGAUAAGCAUGCCGGUUCUGUUUCAUGUCCAAAGCUUUCUCUUACCUUUGAUGAAUCCAUCCGAGGAAGGGAGAUUCUUCUACCAAAGGGAUCAGGACAAUGUACUGUUAAAGUACCUGCUUCUCGAUCCGACGAAUCACUUUCGUGAAAUUGUUGAAGAUGCCCGAGCUGUCAUAUUGGCCGGCGGCACGAUGUCUCCGAUGUCUGAUUACGUGAACCAUUUAUUCUCAUAUUUACCAACAGAGCGCCUUGAUACAUUCAGCUAUGGUCACGUCAUUCCGAAGGCCAACCUAGUUGCACAAUCACUGACUCGAGGACUCCUGGGGUCGGACUUUGACUUCACUUAUGAGAACCGAGGAUCUGAGAAAAUGAUCACCGACCUAGGCCGGACGAUUGCGACCCUCUGCCAAGUCAUCCCAGACGGUGUUGUUGCGUUCUUCCCCAGCUACGACUACCUUAGUCAAGUAUUGACUGUUUGGAAAAAGCCCAUCCCGAAUGGCAACGGUCAAACUACGCUCAGCCUGAUUGAACGGAAAAAGAGGAUUCUUUGUGAGACACGCGAAGCAGUGAUAACCACCGAUGCCUUGCUACAAGAAUACACCCAAGCCGUCGAAUCAGGGUCGGGGGCUUUACUGUUGUCUGUGGUCGGAGGAAAGCUGUCGGAGGGUAUUAACUUUUCCGAUCGACUAGGCCGAGGAGUCCUGAUCAUCGGUCUGCCUUUUCCAAACAUUCGUAGUGCCGUUUGGCAGGCCAAGAUUAAAUACAUCGAGGAGAAGACGUUCAAAAUUAGUCCCGGGACAGAAUCAGCGAAGAAGGCAAGCGCCGAGGCAGCUGGAAGAGACUACUACGAAAACUCCUGCAUGCGAGCCGUCAACCAGUGCAUUGGGCGUGCCAUCCGGCAUGUGAAUGACUAUGCAGCCAUUGUGAUGAUCGAUCGUCGAUAUGAUUCUUCGCGCAUCCAGGGCAAAUUGCCUGGCUGGAUCAGAGGAAGUCUAAUUUCUUCCCCAUCUGAGCGCCCUGCACAUAUGACGCGCACACUCCGCCUAGCGCAAGCGUGGAUUUCAACAUCUGAGCCGGAAGUAUCCACGACCCUUCCCCCCUUCAACGCCCAAAUCUCAGACCGGUCUUGUCGAGAAUACACCGCCGACAAGAUGCCUACCCGUUUCUCGAAGACCCGGAAGCACCGCGGCCACGUUUCCGCCGGUUACGGUCGUGUCGGCAAGCACCGCAAGUCCCCCGGUGGUCGUGGUAUGGCCGGUGGUCAGCACCACCACCGUACCAACAUCGACAAGUACCACCCUGGUUACUUCGGUAAGGUCGGUAUGCGCUACUUCCACAAGACUCAGCAGCAGUUCUGGAAGCCUACCAUCAACCUUGACAAGCUCUGGUCCCUUGUCCCCGCUGAGCAGCGUGACGCCUACCUCGCUGGCACCAAGACUGACGUUGCCCCCGUCAUCGACCUCCUGCCCCUCGGCUACUCCAAGGUCCUCGGCAAGGGCCGUCUCCCCAGAUCCCCGUCGUCAUCCGUGCCCGUUACUUCAGCCGUGAUGCCGAGCAGAAGAUCAAGGAAGCUGGUGGUGUCUGCGAGCUCGUCGCAUAAACGUUGA